CUUUGGAAGGGCAUAAGCUGUUGCUAUAGUAACUGUAAUUGUUGUGAUUGAUUGAUCUUUUGUUACAUUUCCUAUUUUAUUAAUUUUUUAAAUCUUGUAGUUUUACUUAAUUUUUAGAAGAAAUGUUGUUGUGUUUAAAUAAUAACAUCACUGCUGAUUUUUGUUUUAAAAAUCAGACAGUUUUGAUAAUCAGGUUUACUGCUACUUUAUGAUUGUGCUAAAAUGUUGAAAGAAAAAAGAAACAAUAUUGGUGCAACGUUUCUUAUCCCUCUCCUGAUUUUUCAGCAAUAUUUUAAACUAUGAUAAGAUGACUGAAAAUCGAAUGGAGUUGUUCAUUGAAACACUUACGGGAAGUGCUUUUGAACUAAGUUGUUCACCAUUGGAAACAAUUGUAUCAAUAAAAGCAAAAAUCCAAUAUUCUGAAGGUAUACCCGUAUCUCAACAACAUUUGAUUUGGAAAUCACAAGAGCUAAAUGAUGAUUUAUGCCUUCAAGAUUACAGUAUAACAGAUGGCGCUACUUUAAAACUUGUUUUGGGCAUGAGAGGGGGUCCUAUAAAUACUCGUCAAGUUUCAGAUACAAAGAAGUUAAAAGAUUUAGCAGAAUAUGUUGAAAGGAGCAGUGAAGCUGGUAGUUCAAAUGGAAGACCUUUAACUGUUCUAGUGUUUCAUGAUGGUGAUAAAGUUCACAUGUAUACUCUUUUGGAAAGAGGUGAUUGUACUGUAUCUCCCCUCUCAGGCACUGUCAGUGAGACAUCAUCAAUAGCUUCUAUUAAACACAUUGAAGAAUUAGAUCAAGAAAUAGUGAAAGAAAAUGAAAUUACCCGAGAUAAAAUAGCGCAACUACAAGAACAGUUAAAAGCUUUAAGCAUCAAUAGGUCGAAAAAAGAUCGAAAUUCAUCUGCUCAUCCAAAAAACAACUCUGUUAGAAGAAAGCCGACAUCUAAAAAUCAGAAUAGUUUCCAUUUACCGCCUCUAGAAAGAAUUGAUGCUUUUGAUUCCAAAUCAAAACAGUAUUCAUCCAAAGAUGCUCAAUCUGGCCUUCCAUUCUAUUCUCUUGAUUUGGAUACUAAGACAAGUUCUGUCAGCCACAACGUCAUAAAUGAAACUAGCAAGUGCCCUCCAAAAACCACCAGUCAAGAUUCACACGCUGCCUUAAAUCUCAUUUCAAACAGUGUUUCUACUUACAUCCUAUCAUCUCCAGAUAAGUCAUCAUUAGGGUUGAAGAAUAGCUCAAGUUUUCUGCCUUAUAUAACAUCAGGUCUCCCAUCUUCUGUAAAAGACACUGUCCCACGCGUGCCUUCUCAGCCAACACGCCUUGUCGCCAUCAACAUGAGCCGCUGUUCCAGCCAAGAUUCAAUCAUCAAGUAUGACUUCUCUAGAGCAAAGAAAACGCACAAAAGAUAUCCACUGACCAGUGAUGAUGCAGUAUCUUCCCAAAAGUUUCUUGAUCUAGAUUCCUGGCUGAAGAACAGGCCCAAAACCACCCCCGAGAAAUCGAGUCGUGUAGACUACGGUGAGAAGCAGCCAUUUCAAAGUAAACUCCAUCAGAGCAAAAGAAAGUGGAAAAACAGUAUUAAAAACUCUGUAUUUGUAGGAAUGAGCUCAAGUAGUAAACCUAGCAUGCUAAUGCAAAUGCUAGAUGGUCACAGUGAUGUGUCAUAUGACUUGGGAUCUCCAGUUGCUGGCAAAGAAACGAAACCUGGUAUUUUAGACAAAUCAGGCAUUAGGUCACUUGUGGCUUCUAGCAUAAGAGCUUUUAAAGAAAAUUCGCCUGACACUUCUCCAAUAGAAAACAAAGCAAAUUUAAUAUCUAUUGCAAAGAAUUUUAAGAUAUCUCCCAAGUCAACUGAAGAAAUAAAAAGACCUAGCUCAGGAAAAAAAUUACCUCUAAUUAAAACCAAAAAAAAGUCCUACAAAAGAUGCACUACUUGUUCAAAGAAGACAGGUCUUGCUACAAGUUACACUUGCAGGUGUGGCAAAAAUUUUUGUGCCAGUCAUAGGUAUGCAGAAACACACCACUGCACUUACGAUUAUAAAACUGAAGGCCGGCGAUUACUGCAACUAAACAAUCCUGUAGUGACUGCUUCAAAAUUACCAAAGAUUUGAUGGAUACCCUCGAAUAGUUUUAAAAUAUUGUUGUGUGAGUUAUUUGAAAAUAAAGUAUUUUUGUGAAGAAAAAAAA